AUGGCUCAUUCAAUGGCCACCUUUAUGGCUUUUUAUCAUGCUAACAAGAUCGAAGACUGGACGUGUAAUAACCUGGUGGAAUAUUAUCGUGAUAAAACGGAGAAAAAAGAUUGGAAGAAGGUAUUAGAUUGGAUCAAAAAAGAUCUCGUUAGGGUAACAAGGUCUGACUCUGAGUUCGACACGAUACGUAGAGGAAAAGCACAAGAAAUCCUGGACAAAUGGAAGGAUUGGACUACAUUUUACAAUGACAUUAUAAGAAAGGAUUGCGCUCAUGUGAAUAUGCGGGUAAGAACCAUACGUACUAUAAGUCAACUAAACAAUCUGACUGGAGAUUCAACACAAAAUUUCGACAAUUGUCUUAUAACUUCGGGAAAACGAGAUAGAGAAGAAACGGAAAGAUCCUCGCCUCGAUUAAAAAAGAAGGCGUUUUCUAGUGGAAGCUCAGAUACUCGGAACUAUUUCUCGCAGAUUCGUUCUGAGCAGAACGAACAAGAUCAACGACCUCGAACCCCCGAACAUAGAAUUUAUUCAUCAGGUGCCAUGCCAUCUUGGAACCGAGAGAACAAAAGUGAUAAUGAUGAGUCACAAGAACUCUGUGAUUCAGAUAGUGAUCCCAUAUCAGAUCACAAGUUACUUGACGAAUUAUCUGAGGAAUUAAAGGGUUUGGGCGCCAUUGAAUUGACAAUUCGGGAUACUUUGCUCGAGAUUCUCCGUCAGAAUCAAUCAAAGGAUUUAAAAUCGGGAAAAACACUGAUGAACUCGAAUUUCUUAAAUGGGAUAAUAGAUGUUUCGAAUGCCAAUUUGAAGAAAAUGACUCGAUCAAUAUUAAAUAAAUUGAACGAAGGACAACAGUGGUUUGAUCAGGUUCUCAAUAAACAAACAUGGGCUUCAACUUCAGAGUUCAUCGACUAUUGCAAUCAGUUCACGGACCACGUAUGUAAUCGUGUACAAUUCCCCACUUUGGUACGCAAGUCCUUUGUCACAGGGCAUUUUGAUCCCUUUGUUCAUGAAGGGCACGACAUUGCGCAGGACAUUAUGAAACACUUUUCAGUGCGGUUGGAAGCUCCAUGCAAUAUAAGUUCAAAAUCGUCGAAACUGGAAAGAACCUACGCGAUCGACACGAUUAUAUAUGUUAUGAAUAGAAUUUUCCGUAUGCAUUUCGAUGUUCUCGAUGAAAACUGGAUAGAAAUACUUACUAGAGAUACAAAGUCCCAUAAGAUCAAUGGGGUUUUGAAAGUUUUUCAAACGAAAAAGUUUACACAGACAAUCAUAAUCAUGGAGUUUUCAUGUGGUCAAUACGCUUCAGAAGACAAGGAUACUGACGAUCAAGUGAAAUUGAGUCGCAAUGCAAAAAGAAUUUUAAACAAAUUACUUGAUAAAGUCCCAUGUGAGAAAGCACGAGUUUAUACUAUUCAAAGUGUUAAUGGAAAUAUUAGUAUAAAAUAUAUGGUGCGACCUUUACCUUCAAUAUAUCUGUAUGAAGAGUUUGUUAGCAUCAAAAUACCUAUGACUUUUGAUGAUAUGGAAGAAUUCGCCAAAAGUAUGCAAACCCUUAUGGAUUUUCAGGUUGAUGUCUUGCGGACUGUUAAGCUGAUGAAUAAGAAACAAAUUGAGGAUCCAAAGGUGUAUAAAUCCGAAGUUAAAGACACGCCACAAAAAGACCGAGAAAAAAAGAAAGUCACUAAUAAUACCUUGCCUUCAUACCCUGAGUCACCCUUUACUGGAUUACCAGGUGAAGAUUUAAUUUGA